GGCGGCAUUGUGGGGAGACGGAUAAUCCAAUCGCCCGUCCACUUUACGCCCGCUCUCGCACUCAUUACACGUGUGGUUUCGAGGGAGACAGCGAAUCUCAGGAAACCUAUAUCCGCCCAUCACAAGGCACCGAAACACCAGUUGUUCUUGUGCCACCACUGUAUUACAGGACGCUGCUGUCAAAUAGCCGUCACCCUCCUUUGGCUUCUUUUCUUUUUGUUGCCCGCGCCCUACUUACGCGCCUUUCCUUCUCCUUUCCCGCUGCCAUCACGAGCAUCGCAGCGAGCGACUUGGUCGGCCGCCCGCCACAAUGAGCUCCUCCGACUACUCGUACGAUAACGAGGCCCAAUUCUUCCCCGUCUUCAUCCUCACCCUCACCGGCCUCGUUACCCUUCCCUUGACCUACUCUCUUCUGCGCCCGAGCAGCGACAACGAUGCCCUUGCUCCCCGAAUCAAGAGCGACUACAAGCACAAAGAUGCCGACGUUGUAGACAAGCUGCGCUCGGCGCAGAGACGCAAGCAGCGCAAGAUCAAGCGCGCCAUUGUCGUCGUUGGUGGAUGGGCCUUGAUGAGCUUCAUGGUCUACCUCAUCAUGACCACUGUCCCCUCUAUUCACAAGAUCUGGAACCCUUACGAUAUUCUGGGUAUCUCAGAGUCCUCCACCGAGAAGCAAAUCAAGUCACACUACAAGAGACUGUCUGUCAAGUUCCACCCCGACAAGGUCAGACCGGACCCCGCCAAGAACGAAACCAUCGAAUCCAUGAACGACUACUAUGUCGAGCUCACCAAGGCCUACCAGGCUCUCACCGACGAGGAAAUCCGCAACAACUACAUUCAGUACGGACACCCUGAUGGUAAGCAGAGCUUCAGCAUCGGUAUUGCCCUCCCGCAAUUCAUCAUCUCCAACGGCAAUGGUAAAUACCUUGUGCUUCUCUACACCGGUCUUCUCGGUGUUUUGCUCCCCUACCUCGUCGGCUCCUGGUGGUACGGAACCAAGAAGCGCUCCAAGGAGGGCGUCCUCAUGGAGAGUGCCAACAACCUCUUCCGCCACUACGAUGAGAACAUGGACGAGGCUAGCAUCAUUGCUGCUCUUACCGCUGGCAAGGAGUACGACGAUAUCCUUCAGGGAGACGCCGCCGAGUCCGGUCUUUCCAAGAUCGAAUCCCGCAUCACAGCCGCAGGUGACGCUUCGCCAUUCGCCGCCGGUUUCAGCGUCAAGGACAAGCAGAAGCUUGAGGAUAUUGAGAAUGGUGUUCGCCGCAAGACUCUUGCUCUCCUCUGGGCCUACCUUGGCCGUGUUGAACUUGACGACGCCGCUCUGACCAAGGCCAAGUACGAGAUCGUCCCUAUCGCCCGCACCCUCAACCAGUCUUUCGCCGCCAUCGCCCUCGCUUACGGUAACAUUGGACCUAUCGAAGGUUCUUUCCACGCCAACCAGCACCUGAUUCAGGCUCUCGCCCCCAAGUCCUCUCCUCUUCUUCAGCUCCCCAACUUCACCUCCAAGAUUGCCAUGGCCGUCGAGGGUGACGCCAAGACACACAUGACCGUUCAGCAGUUCAUGGAUCUUCCCGACGCUCAGCGCAGAAAGCUCGCCGUUGGCAAGGGCCUUUUGAGCGAGGAGCAGUACAAGACCACCGUUUCCGUCGGCAAGCAGCUUCCCCAGCUCCGCGUGGCCAAGGCUUUCUUUAAGGUUACUGGCGAGCGCUGUAUCAUUCCUUCGUCUCUGGUCACCCUUGUCAUCAAGGGCCGCUUCAUCCCUCCCGGUACCGAGAAUGUUCCCGCUGUCAACGAGCUCGACCUCGAGGACAUUGACGCCGCUGAGGAUGACCUCGAGUCCCUCAUGGGCCGCAAGAACAGAACCAUCAAGGGCCCCGACGGCAAGCCCAUCUCCGUCGAGGAGCAGUCUAUUCUCCCCCCUCUGACCUUCGCCCCUCACUACGCCCGCGAGCAAACACCCAAGUGGUACGCCUUCCUUAGCGACUCGAAACAGGGCAAGCUCGCCGUCCCCCCCUUCGCCUUUGAGAAGUUUGACCAGCCCAUCUUCGACGACGCCGGCAAGCCCACCUUCAACAUGCAGACCCUCAAGGCUCAGUUUGCCGCUCCUCCCCAGGCUGGUCACUACACUUUUGUUAUGCACCUUGUUUGUGACUCGUAUGUUGGCUUCGACACCAAGAUGGAGGUUACCCUCGUUGUUGAGGACGCCGCUAGAGCUGCUCAGAUGGAGGCUGAGGAUGAGAUCAGUGAACCUGAAGAGGAUUCUCUCGCUGGACAGAUGCACGCCCUCAAGACUGGCCAGGCACCACAGCCCAAGCGACAACAAGAUGACGAUUCAGAUGACGAAAGUGGCACAGAAGAGGAGGCAGACGACACAAGUGAUACGGACACCGACACUGAGGAUGAAUCAUAGGGGGAUUGAAAAGUUUUGCAUGUGGAUGUAGGGGAUGUGGGAAUGCUAGGAGGCUGGCUGUAACUGUACGUUUUUCGACAUGGGAAACGGAGGGCUUCCCGCGCUGUUUUGUGAUUUUUCGUUGUGGGCUUUUUUUACGGACUCAGCUUGGACGUAGUUUUUACAUCUCUUCGGGUUUCAAUAAUGCACUCUGAAUAGUUGGUGGGAUACGGUAGAAAGUUUUAUACAUGACCAUUUUUUAUUUACAUUUCUUGCUUUGUUCGUGACUUGGUGAUAUGAAUUGAUGUGCUAACUGGCUUUUGCCCAGAAGAUAAAUGCUAAGAAAUAAAAUGCCCGAACCCAACAGAUAGAAAUACCGUACAAUGAGAGAACUAACAGUGAGGACCAUGAAAGAGAGGAUAUAUACAUAAACACACAUACACAUACACGCACACACAGAGCCCCAAUUAGACCACAUGCUCCUAGCAUACACGCAUACCGCAAACUUCGACGCCCUUGCUCUCAAUCUUGGCGUCACGAUCAAAAUAGCGCUCCAUCAGCUCCUGAACAAACACACCGUCACCACUACUCCAGACGUCAAGGCCCAUGCUCUCGACAGCACGGCUGUCGACGACAAUGGGCGGAGCGCCGUCCUCAGUGGAUGACUCGGGAGACUCUCCGACGUCUGGAGAAAGCAGGUCCUCUUCUUCAUCAUCAUCGCCCGCACCAUUAGUGGGCUCUUCAUCGCGAUACCGGUCUUCGCCUUGAGGAUAUGCCUGCUCGUCGUUGUCCACUAGCUCGGAUAUGACUGCGAGCAUCUGCGACGUAAGACGAUGGAAGUAGGCAAUAAUGGCAAGCUCAAUGUGAGCAUCGCCCUCCUCACUCAUACUGCGGUUGCCGACUAGCGAGGAAAUCGAGUCCGUCAUGAGAAGGUCAAGCUGAGAGUUGGAGCGUCGGUUCUUAGGCAUGGAUGAGCCGUAGGGGCCGUUCAAGUCUGCUAGAAGCGCCGCAUCUUGGGCAGACUCUUCUUGCUCUUCGGAGAGGAGUUGCUCGCCAGCACUGGCCCACCACAUGAAACCACUGUACGCUAAGGAUGCCCAGCUUUGCGGCUCGACGAUUCUGUCCAGGGCCUCCUCAGAGCCAUCACCAAGAGCUGGGUUCAGCACGGAUCUGCUAGACUGCGCAGACUCUGGCCGAGGAACGGAUUCACUUGCACCUGGACCGCUAGAAGCCACGGCGGCGAGGUUGGCGAGACCGCUUCUGAGGGCGUUGAAACGGCGGAGAUCCCGUUGUGUGGCUCGAAUCGGCUGACCCUUGGGACACUCCACAGUAGGCCAAGUCUUUUCCUUUGAAUCUGUCGCAUGGUCUGGAGGGAUAGUGAUUAGCAUAUCCCAUAGGGUGUCUUUGACAGCCAGAAUGCUGUCAGUUGUGCAGGCGACCCAUCCGGACUUGGACUCGUCGUCCAUAUACUCUUGGUCGUUUCGUUUCGAAGCCUCCAAGUCUGAUACUAGGAAAGGAAUGUCGUGGACACCAAUGGUGAAGAGUGGUCGGAGGCGUUGCGAGGAAGACGGGUUAGGUAAGGAUUCGAGAACAGCGAUGGGGAUAUUGGAGAUGACGGAUAUGUUAUAUACUUUAAGCCUGUGUUAGCGAAUGCAACAGGAUACUGUAUUUAGCAGGAGCAAUCUUACCAAAGUCGCAGACUUGAUGUACUGGAGCAUGACAAGAUAUUAAAAUACGCUUGCGCAAUAGUGCAGCUCGUUGAAUAGGGAAGAUGAGAGGGCCGAACCUGUCCAGCAGGGCAGCCAGACUCCAUGCCGGAUGGAAAGGGGAAAGCUUGUGUUCGGGCGGAACAAGAGUAGCUGCAUCAGAGGCAGAUCGCUUUCGAGAAUGGCCCUUGCGACCUUGCAUGGGCGAUGCAGGCAAGCUGGGGACGGGUGAAGCCGCGGGGUCGGCGCGAGACGCUUGGUGCGUCUGCCAAUACUUUUCAAGCAGCUCUGUUGAGUCGGGAUCUUUUGCGAGUUUUCUAGAAACAAAAGGUGAUUAGCAUUAUGUUGAUGUAUGUUGGCAGCAGCGGCAAAUAACGUACGAGGCCAUAUCCUUAAGAGCUUCGGCAUGGCGCCAAGAGCGGCCUAAUCUGCCAUAGCUCAGCGGCACGAGAAUACCAACUGCGAGCAUGCGGGCAUUGCGUAGGCUUUCAUCUUCGCAGGGCUCGUUGACAAAAGCACUCAGGCCUGCGUAUUGGCCAUCUUGUACAAAGUAGAUUAAGUCGUCGUGGACGGUGUGCAGCCCCGAGGGCAGGGACUUGAACUCGACAACCCCUUCGAGCUCGACGCCCGUCUCAGCACGGUUCCAGACAAUGGUAUAUCCGGCCUUGACGUCAAAGUUGAUGAGAAAGAGAGCUGAAAGAGGAGGGGUAGCAGAGGCGAGGUUGGCGGGGACGGAGACGGAGAGCCGGGAGCGACGAGAAGAGGAAGUCAUGGUGAUGCUGAUGAUGUGCCGUUUACUGGUGCGUCAUUCUAAAGCAACCGGGGGUUGCGUCGUUCGCAUUCGUGUACGACGAACGCUGAAGAGAGUCGAGAGCCGCAAAAAUACGCAGAAGAAAAAGAAGCAAGUGCAGAGGAGCACACGACCGUUGGAUGGGGCGAAGGAUGGACAAGCUGC